AUGCGCCCUCGCCGCUCACGCUGCUCUUCACAGCGCGUCCGGAUCCACAGCGUUUCGCUCAAUGCUCGCGACCUGCAGAUCUGCAGCGGCACUUACCCCGCGCCUGUUCUGCCACCCGUCGGCCUCGUGCCGUGCUCCGACGGCGCCGGCGAGGUGCUGGCGGUCGGCAGCGGCGUGCGCGAGUUCAGCGCCGGCGACCGCGUCGUGACGCAUCUCUCCGAGGCGUGGCAGCACGGCGAGCUGGGCAACGAGAUGCAGGAGACGGCCCUGGGCGGCGGCAGGGACGGCGUGCUGCGCAAGGUCGUCGUGCUCAACGAGCAAUCUCUGCUGCCGAUUCCUGACGGCAUGAGCUACGCCGAGGCAUCCUGCCUGCCCGUCGCCGGCCUGACAGCCUACCACUGUCUCUUCGGCUUCGAGCGCACGCUGCAGCCGGGCCAGACGCUGCUGGUGGAAGGCACGGGCGGCGUCAGCAUGGCGGCGCUGCAGCUGGCGCUCAGCGUGGGCGCGCGGCCCAUCGUUCUCUCCUCCAGCGAUGACAAGCUGCGCAAAUGCGUCGAGCUCGGCGUAGCAGAGGGCGACUGCAUCAACUACCGCUCGACGCCCGAGUGGCACACGCGCGUCCGAGAGCUCGCGCCUCGCGGCGUCGACCACACGAUCGAGAUCGGCGGCCGUGACACCAUCAUCAAGGCCAUCCAGAGCACGGCGCCGUACGGCAGCGUCUGGGUCGUCGGCUACAUGAGCGACUAUGCCGAGCCGACGGCGCCGGGCGAGCUCGACGUGGCCAAGGCCAUCCUCUACUCCCAGGCUGUCGUACGCGGUGUCCUCUGCGGCUCCCGAGCCCUCUUCCGCACCUACCUCGCCGCCCACGCCGCGCGGCCCGAGGCGCUGCGUCCGCUCAUCGAGUGCAGCUUUCCCUUCGCCGAGGCGCACGCCGCAUUUCAGCAUCUGCGCAAGGGCGCCAUGGGCAAGGUGGUGAUUCGCUGCAGCGACUGA